UCGAUGUUAUUCCACCUCUAGUCGGCGUCGCGCGCGGAUCGUUUUUUGCUGUUUGCUGCUCAAUUUUCGCUGUUCUCGAGGAAAUAAACAAACGCGCGGAGGAAGCCAAUAAGUGUAGUGAAUAGUAAUUAACGAGCGCGGCGUCGCGCAUUUAAUUCAAUUACAAUUAGCCGGACUAAAAUGCUCCAGUUGUUUUACGAAUUUUGAAAAGCUGGUCGAAGUCCACAGACAGCCGGAGUUGGCUGCCAUGAUGCGAUACUCGGAAAUCUCACGCGACCUGUCCACGGAUAAUCUGCGCUACUCAGAGUUAAGCAGAAAACCCACCACGGACUAUAAUGGAUACACGGGUCAGGCUUAUGCCUCGACUCAAUUCAAGCAGAGCUCACCUCCUCCUUCGCAGCAGCCAACUCGGCUGGCCAAACAACGAAGUCCAAACGCCAACGGAAAUGCCCAUACCAUGGCCUGUUUGCGCCAGGAGAAGUUGCAAAAGGAGCACGAUAUGGAACCGCCCAUGUCGCAACCGCAGACCAGCAAAACGCUUAACAUCAAGAGCACUCGACGCAAGAACUCCAUCGGUUGUUUAAACAGUUUCUCCUCCUCGCCAGACUCACCGGGCUGCUACUAUACCAUAGCAGCCUCAGCAGCACCGCCGUCCAAGUCGCAAAGUUUACCAGCCCACGCCUCCAUCAAGCAGUUGGAUGCGGUUAUAAUGAGCGCGUUACGUGUACCCGCCGAUGUGUUGGCCAACCAGAUAACGCUACUGGAUUUUCCCGUCUUCGGCCAGAUCCAACCGGAUGAGCUGAGCAGUUGCGCCUGGACGAAAAAGGACAAACAUGUCAACACACCCAAUAUUGUGGCAUUUACCAAACGAUUCAACCACACGAGCUUUUGGACAGUGCAGGAAAUAUUGAAUGCCGACCAGCCGAAGCAGAGAGCUGAGAUAAUGACGCACUUUAUUAAGGUGGCCAAAAAGCUGCAUGAGCUCAACAAUCUGCACUCGCUAUUCGCCAUUAUUUCGGCCAUGCAAAGCGCCAGCAUUUAUCGCCUGACAAAGACCUGGGCUUGCCUAUCGAAGAAGGAUCGUCAGUCCUUCGAGCGACUCAGCGAUAUAUUUAGCGACCAGGACAACUGGGCCAAUCUGCGUUCGUACCUCGAGAGCCUCCGCCUGCCGUGCAUCCCCUACCUGGGCCUCUUUCUCACCGAUCUGAUCUACAUUGACCUGGCCCAUCCGCACAAGGGCGGACUGGAACCGGAGCAGCGGAGAAAUAAGAUGAACAACAUACUCCGUGUCAUUUCAAACUAUCAGCAGUCGGACUAUAAGCAUCUGCAGAAGCAUGAGGCCACCCAGAAGUAUCUGACAUCCAUAAGAUACAUUGAGGAGUUGCAAAACAUUUUCGAGGAGGAUCAGUACAAGCGAUCUCUGAACCUGGAGCCUGCGUCGCCUUCGGGACCUAGUUCAUCGUCCUGCAGCUCGAAGGAAUCGUUCAACGUGGAGGCAGUUACUCCGGCCCUGGGCUGUCUAAAUCUCUCGCCGGCCAAGACCAUUGGCUCCAUGCGCAUGGCCAGCGGCACCAAGUUCGUGCCGGGUCACCGAAAGUGUCGUAGUCUGGGCACCAAAUUUCGCAGCAGCAGCCUGCCGCGAAACUUUGCCGAGAAGUGUCAAUGUUGCAUCGUGAUGAUUGCGCCGGGCAUUGGCACCAUCUCCAACAAGCGUUGCACAUGCCGUCGCAUUUUUGGCAAGAUUGCGCUACACAACCACGGCGAUGGGCAUCCGCACCACCUGCACCUGGAACUGGACCCCAGUCAAGGGCAGCCUCGUCACCACCUUCUAGAUGACUCGGUUUUGGAGCACAGCGACGCCCUAUCCCAAGCGGAUCUUACAUCCCUGGAGAGCGCCGAGGGAAUAAUGUGUGACUUCACUGGCAGUGAUUGCGAUUUGAUGUCUCCGGAGGCAGCUGCCGCCAUGCAGGGAUGUGUUCGUCGGAAAACGGUCCAGAAAGAGGGAAGGAAGCCGGCGGUGGCCUCAUGGCAGCGCUACUGGCUGCAGAUCUGGGAGAACUCGCUGCUCUACUUCCCACCCAAGUCCUUCAAGGGCAGUGAGCGGAGCGACUUCAAGCGGGAGCCAUGCAAAGUGUGUCCCCUGGACGGAUGGUAUGCCCAUGUGAGCGAUAAUACCAAGCACAAGAACACCUUCGAGCUGUGCCACCGAGCCCUGGGCACCGUAUAUCGCUUCCGGACGGACAGUCCGCAGAUGACACACCUCUGGUCGAACGCCAUUUGCAAGCUGGCCAACAUGCGAGUGCCCAAACCUCUGCCCACCAACCUGAUGUCCUUCGAAUGAGCUGGCCCCUCCAAAAAAAAAAACAAACAA